AUGGCGUUUUAUUUUUUCGAGAGCCGUUUGAAAGUUGCCCUGUGUCGCUACGGCAGAGUUGUCGGUAACUACCCAAUCCCAUUUAUCGUCCUCCCGCUUAUGCUCACCUUUUCGCUCGCCGUGGGUGGAUUUUAUUUUACGGGUAACAAUGACAUCGAAUAUUUAUUCACACCGACGAACGGACCGGCCAAGAAGGACAGAGAUUUAUUGGAUAGUCUUUUUCCGAUGAAUUACUCUGGGGAAUUUCUUGCCAAUCGUCAGAGCGAUUUCGGAAGAUACGCCAGUGUUAUUAUUUACACGAAAAAGCAGAUUGAAAACAUACUCGCUGUCGACUCCCUGCGCGAAAUAUUCGAAUUUCACGACUACAUGACAAAAACGAAGGCAAGUAUUGGGAGAGAAGAGUACUCAUACAGACAGUUAUGUGCCAAGUGGAAGACACAGUGUGUUGAUCCAAACCCAGUAUUAAAAAUUUACAACUAUACAACGCAAAAUGUGAAUUUUAUCAACAUAUCGUACCCAGUAAUGGCGGGCCCGGGAAAUAUAUCAUAUUUUAUCGGCGGCAGUCUCGGUGGUGUGCAGUUUUACGGCGAUACCAGUAUUGUUAAGUCGGCAAGAGCCAUUUUGUUGUUCUACCCAUUGAAACAUUCACCGAAUAACAUCGAUGAGGCGAGCGUAGAACUUGAGAACGAAAUUACCAAAAUGGCGGCUAAAUACAAAUGGACGAAAAUAAUAGUGACGUUGACGAUGUCACAGACGCUGGCCAACGAACUCGAUGACAUCAUCAUACGAAUGAUACCAAGGUUUAUAAUCUCCUUCUUUAUUCUGACGUCAUUUUCCGUUCUAUCUCUAAUGAUGACUGAUUGGGUGACCAGUAAACCAGUACUUGGUACUCUCGGCGUGGCAUCGGCACUGUUAGCUGUGAUUUCGACUAUAGGGUUGCUAAGUUACUGUGGCGUGCCCUUCAUUCAUCUCAACAUUGCAAUGCCAUUUUUGACUCUAGGAGUCGGAGUGGAUGAUAUGUUUAUAAUGAUAGCAUCAUGGCGGACAACGUCACCCCGAACCAGCGUACCUAAUCGAAUGGCGGAGACCUUCUCAGAGGCAGCGCUCUCUAUAACGAUAACAAGCAUUACUGAUGUGAGUGAGGGGAUACAGCUAAGACAACUCGCUCUUGAAGACUCUUCUGACCCUUACGGCCUGACAUAUUAUGAACUUGAAGAACGUUAUUUUAACGAAUAUGGACCAGUUAUACAG